GCAUCGACUGCGUUGAAACACUACAUUACCCAUAAGACCGAGCGCUCUCCUACGUCAACCGCAAUCACGGGGUUGUAUCUCCAACAUGGCGUCGCUGGGAAGGAGGCGCGGUGUCCCAGUAAGCAGGGAGAGGGGCGUGAUGGCGGCGACAGAAUGCUACAUUGUGCACGAGAUCUACAACGGGGAGAAUGUGCAGGACCAGUUUGAGUAUGAGUUGGAGCAGGCACUGGAGGCCCAGUAUAAAUACAUUGUCAUCGAGCCCACGCGCAUCGGAGAUGAAACGGCCCGUUGGAUUUCCGUGGGCAACUGCCUGCACAAGACGGCCGUGUUGUCAGGUGCCGCCUGCCUCCUCACGCCCCUUUCCCUGCCGCUCGAGUACUCGCGUUAUGUGGCGUUGCCCGCUGGCGCCCUCAGUGUGGCCUGCGCUGCCCUCUACGGGAUUUCAUGGCAAUUUGACCCCUGCUGCAAGUACCAGGUGGAGUACGACAGCCAAAAACUCUCGCGGCUGCCCCUGCAUACGCUCACCUCCUCGACGCCCGUUGUAUUGGUGCGCCGGGAUGAUGUCCACAGAAAGAGACUCCAUAAUACGAUAGCACUGGCUGCCCUGGCAUAUUGCGCCAAGAAGAUCUACGAACUCUAUGCUGUAUGAGUGCACUCUGAAGAGGGUUUAAGAACCAACAGAUAAAAGGAAGAAAAAAAAAAAACUAACAAAAAAACAGAACCUAUCCACCCCCAGAUGGAAGUGGAAGUCACGAUCAUGCCCAGCAGUUAGCUUCAAAAAUGUGGUGGGUGCUUCCAUUUUGAACUUUGAUCAGAGGGAUAUAGUUAAAACUAGAAGGAAUGGGUUUUCCUUUACAUUUUCUUUACUUCUAUGUGACAACAACAGUACACUUAUUUCCGUAGUACCUUUGCUCUCCUCCCCUGCGCCCUCUACCUGCGUCCUUGACACGACAGCAAGUGCACAAGGACACGACAGCGGUUUCUCUGGAUUGAAUUGUUCUGCCUUUAAAAUGGACCGACAUGUUCUGAGUAUCAAGCUCUCCCUUUUCCCUUGUUGUUUUGCUGUACCCUGUUUCUUGCUGAUCAGUACAUCACCCUUUCAUUAAAACAUUAGGAUGUUUCAAACUAACUUUUCUGUUUUUUAUUUUGCUGUUUUUCAUUAAAUCCCACAAUAUGUUCAGAGACAUAGUUGCACCCUAUUUGUCUUUUUCAAGUAGAUAUCAUUGUUUAAAAAGAGUGUAGGAAAGGUCUUAUGUGACAAUGCUGUGGCUUAAUGUUUUUUUUUUUUUUUAAAACACUACAAAAAUACUUUGAAACGUCACAUUUCACACAUGCUUCUAAUGAAUAUUACAUUACCAAGACAAACCCCCCAUAUUAUUGUUAUUUAAAAUAUAAAACUGAUUUGACAUGGAUAACAAUUGCACAGCCAAUUUAUAAAUUCACUUUAUGUUCUCGAAUGGUUUUUAUUCAUUGCUAUCAGCAAUUUAAAAAAUGUGGGGUCAAAGGAGGUAAAAGUACAGUAGAGGAUGAGCUGUGAUAUAACAGGAUGCUUGUAACCCAUCAAUGAAGUGGAAUGCAGAUGUGGGUAAGCUUAAAAUGAGGAGUGACCAUGACCUUGUCACGCUCACUGAUUUUAAGGUUCAAAUGUUCACCAAAGGCUGAAUAAGUAUUGUUGACUUGGCCACCAGGAUUUGUUCAUGAAAGGUUUCCUAAGAAUUUUGUGUAAAUCCCUUAACGAUCUAUCAAUGUAUCAAAUAAAUGGUAAACUUGC